UUUCCAUUUCUUCACAAUAAUUACAACUUAAAAAUAAGAAUACAAAGCUAUUUUAUAUUUUAGUGAAAAACUGCCAUUUUUCAUUCUUAUUUACUCAUAGCCUCUACAAAGCAGACGAGAACGCUUAUAAACGCGUGCGAAACGAGCAACCUAUGUAGAACGCGUUCGAAACGCAUUCUGAAUGCGUUUUCAUACGUUUCGUCCGUUUAGAACGCAUUCUUUAACCGUUUGUCUUGACCUGGGGCAUAAUAGAGAACAGGAAAGAAAAUUUAUUUGUUUAAAAGUGCAUUCAAUGAAAAGAGAGGAACGAAAAAAAAAGGGUUGAGUUGAGAUCCGUACCAUUCUGCAGUAGUACAUCAUUUGGAAAUAAUAUGGCACGUGAUUCGACGAAAACUGUAAUUAAAGUUCGUCGAGAUGAAAAACAUUUAUGUUCUUAUUGGUACAUUUAACAUAAAAGUUUUUUUUUUCUAUAAAUGAAAUUUUAUUAUUUUUUUUUUGUAAUUAUUGUACGGGUAAAAAAUAUCUUCUUCAACGUCAUCUGAAAUCCAUUCAACAGAACGACCACAUAAAUGUAAAUUAUAAAACUAAAUUAUUUAUUUUGUUUUAAACGGAUUUUUUCUAGGUGCUUAUUGUUCGAAUACAUUCAAAACAACAGCACAAUUACAAAAUCAUGUUAAUACUCAUCUUGGUAUUAAAUCAUUUCAAUGUAAAUUUUGUGAAUACAAAUUUACUACAAGUGGAGAAUUAAUUCGUCAUGUACGUUAUAAGUAA